GAUUAAAGGCCGUUCACAGACACAGCGACAGGACAGACAGGUGAACGGCAGGUGCGGAGACCACAGUAAAACUGAAACGCUUGAUGUUUGGAUAGAAACACUGGCGCUCACUGACCAUCAAUCUGACAGUUACUGCAGACCAAACUGGGGUUUUAAGGGUUCAUUGGUGGGCUUGCGCGGCAAUGCCAAGAGCUGAAUCCACCUCAAUGGACAACUCGUGUCAGGCCCUGUACCGCACCCUAGUCACUCAAAAUGGCCUUCAGCCAGAAAACGUUGACAUUUCCCAAUCUGUACUGUACACGUCCAUCAUGGGACUGCUGCUGGUGACGGAUAAAGAGAGAGAGCUGCAGCUGGGGAACGGACAAGUUGGAUUGAGGAAUGUGGGAAAUACUUGUUUCCUUAAUGCCAUUGUGCAGUGUCUGUCUCACACUCGUAGUCUUCGGGAUUAUUGUCUGAUGAGAGCCUACGUUCAAGACAAACACUCCAACCAGGAGCCUGUGCUUAUGGAUGAAUUCUCAAAAGUUUUGGCUGGCCUAUGGGAAUGUGAUGCUGGAGAAACCACAGUGAAUCCUGGGAAAUUUUAUCGUGUCUUUAAAGAGUCUGUGCCUUACUUCAGUGGCUAUAGUCAGCAAGAUGCUCAGGAGUUCUUGCGGUUCCUUCUGGACAGGCUCCAUACAGAAAUAAACCGUCGUCCAUCCAAACGUCCGGCAGUCAUCGAAAGGAAGGAACCGGCAUACACACGAUUCAGGAUUUCAGAAGAGGCCUUUGCGAUGUGGCAGAGGCAUCUGGACAGGGAUGACAGUAAAAUUGUUGAUUUGUUCUCUGGUCAGCUGCGAAGUUCCCUGCACUGUUCAGUCUGUUCCCAUUACUCCAACACAUUUGAUGUGUUUUGUGACCUGUCACUCCCCAUCCCAAAGCAGAAAAGUGAUUACGGCCGAGCUGUCACACUGAGAGAAUGUCUAGACCUCUUUUCACAAGAGGAAAAACUCGAUAAAGAAAACUCACCGAUGUGUGAGCGGUGUAACCGUCGCACCGAAAGCACAAAACGACUGACCAUCCAAAGAUUCCCCAGAGUCCUGGUAAUACACUUGAAUCGAUUCGCCAUGUCUAGGUUCUCAAUCUCUAAAAGCACAGUGCCGGUCUCUUUCCCCCUGACGGCUUUGGAUUUGGGGCUGUUUGGACCUGUUGACUGUGGUCCAGUGCUGUACGAUCUGUAUGCAGUGUGCAAUCAUUCAGGCACUGUAAAUAUGGGUCACUACACGGCUGCAUGUCGAGAGGAGGAGGGCUGGUGCUUCUAUAAUGACUCAUGUGUUGAUGCAAUUUCAGAGGAGAAGCUUCAGUCCAAUCAGGCGUAUGUGCUCUUCUAUGAGCUCAAGAGCUGCAAUAUUUCCCGAAAAUGAGAGAAGAUAAUAGGUUGUUUUAAUGUCAUUUCAUUCACUGUAAAAUGUUCAAUUAUAUAAUUUUUACUUCUUUCUGCAAUGUACUUUUGAAAAUUUGUUCUUUUAGAUAAAAAUGUUGUAAAAUGGUGUAGAUGUGUAUUGAUUUGUUUCAAAUUCUUUAUUUUUGCAGUAAUUUCCAUGCAUUUUUUUAAUCUCUGAUAAAAAAAUCUGAAUGUUGCUGCAAUGUGGGGAAAUAUGGCUAAGUAAACAAGAGAAUUGAUACAGUUGAUGGAUCAUAUAAUACAUUUGUCUGACUGUGUGAGUAUACACAUACUGUAUGAGGACCUCCAUCAUAUUAAAAAUACUGUGCCAUAAAUGAACUCCUUAGUUAAACCUAAUCUUGCUUGAUUGUAUAUAAUAUAGUUUUUCAUGUUAUUUAAAUGGACUCUUUAGUCAUUGGAUAUAUGUAUAUAAAUCAUUUUAAUGUUUGUCUUAGAUUAAACUGAAAAUUAUUGUUAGGAAAUAUUUUGCUGCUGUCCAUCUAUAUUAUAACACUUAAAUAAACAAAUAUUUUCAACAUCC